AUGGUUGGGUUAGAGCAGCUGGAGAUUCACAGUAAGUCGUAUAUUGUCAGAUGGAUUCGAGUUGAGCAGGGUCACACCAUAUCUUGGAGCUUCCAACCACAUAAAAAAUCAAUCAAUUUUGGUAUAUUCAAACAUCCUGGAAAAUCUGUGUAUCCCGGGCUUUCCACUAGGCCAGCUCCUGAGAGUAGUCUCACACUCUCUUCUCAACCAGAAAAUGAUGGAGAGAAGCAACGUCGUCCUCCUAAUGGUCGAAAUGAUACUUCAACGGCACAAAAACAACUGGAAACAAAGGGAUUUAAAUUAAUGCAAUGGCAUGGGAAAUGCGAGGCAGACAAAGUAUCAAUUGGUACAUACGACGUUCUCCCUGGCAAUGGAGGAAUGUACGGCUUAUUAUUUGAUAAUACUUUCUCUAAGCAAUUUUCCAAGACAGCAACUUUAGUCCUAUUCACGUAUCCUUCGAAUGCACCUCCUCAAUCUAACCAUGGUCACUUAUUAAACGAUACGGCCUCCUUAUCUUCGGCUGGGAAGGCCAGGAAAGGCAAGCAGCUUUCAACUAUGGCCUCGGCUUCAAAUUCGGUUGAUAGCCUUCAAAAUUGCCCUGAAAUAACUGGAGAUACCACUAAAAUCAACUCGCAACUCAACAGGAGCAAUACUGCAAAAAGUACCGCUAACCAUGUGGGGAUUAUGUCCAAACGUCGUCGAAAGAGAGGCCAAGGGUAUGCAGCUAGAUAUUUUUCUCUUGAUUUCGCUACGUGUACAUUGUCUUAUUACUACAAUCGUAACUCGUACGCAUUAAGAGGUGCAAUACCUCUGAGCUUAGCUGCAAUUACUGCGGAUAAACUUAGAAGAGAAUUUAGCAUUGACUCAGGCGCUGAGAUAUGGCAUUUGAAAGCCGACAGUCCUAAGGAUUUUGAAGAAUGGGCAAAAGCUUUAGAAAGAGCCAGCAGAAUCGCCAAAGCCAUGAAGCUAGAUUCUACGCCCUCCCAAAGACUUAGAGCUCAGACAAGGAGACACUCUUCAUCCUUUGAAGAAGAGGAACAUGAGUGGGAGCAAGUCGAAGCCCUUGUAAGCCGAAUAGUUGGAACUCGGGAUGCCGUUCGCAGGCUAUUCAAUGACACGGCUCCAAUGGCUCCAACAGAUCCAAAGCAAACUGUAGUUGUAGGUUCGGGACUCUCAACUUGUAGUAGCUCAGCACCCGAAGAUGCAACCGACUACUUUAGUUCUAAUCAGGUUCAUGAGAGAAAAGCAUUCUGGAAACGCAAGUAUAGUGCCACAUCUACAUCUCAGCUAAAGAAUCGUAGUACUUCAACACAGCUAGUCAUACCUAAUCCGAGCGUAAGCAACAAUACGGCAAAUGAAUACUUAAUGCCAUCUCCUAAGUUGAAUACAAAGUAUCCUCGACGUCCAGAAAUUAUCAUGCAUGACCACUUUUCGGAAUUUCUGAACGAUCUAGAUACAGUUCUUGACGACUUUUCUACACUUCUUACAAGAAGUAAGCACCGUAGAACUGCCUCAAGAUCGGCCCAGAGGUCUAGUAUCGACUCUGCAUCAACCGCAGAAUUUUUUGAUGCAGAGUCUAGGAGAUCUGACCUGUCUCAAGUAAUCUUAAUUGAAUGCAGAAGUGAUGAACAAUUACAACUAUCAGAAGAAGAAUUUGUCACAGAUGCAUCAUCUCUAUCUAACAGCAAGGAUGAAGAAGAUCUAUCAUACCUCAACGGAGCAGCAGCAUUAUUCCCUUCUAAGCUCAAAACUUUUGAUCCCCUUCCAAUAAAAAUUUCUAUCAACAGGAGGAAAUCUAUUCCCCCAGCAACUGUUCCGCCACCUAGCCUAAUAAGCUUUCUUCGGAAAAAUGUGGGAAAAGAUCUAAGUAUGAUUAGCAUGCCUGUGAGUGCCAAUGAACCUACAUCUUUUCUUCAGCGUAUAGCAGAACAGUUUGAAUAUGCUGAGCUUCUUGAUAAAGCAAUAUCUCAAAGGUUUUCAAGUACGCGACUUCUUUACGUAGCUGCCUUCGCUAUUUCACACUUCAGUAUAAAUCGCUGCAAGGAAAGGGCGCUUCGAAAGCCAUUUAAUCCAAUGCUCGGCGAGACCUACGAGUUAUUACGAACGGAAAAUGAAGUUCCAGGCGGGUUCAGACUUAUAGCAGAAAAAGUUUCACACAGGCCUGUUCGUAUUGCUUGUCAGGCAGACUCUCUAAACUGGUCAAUCAGCCACUCACCUGCUCCUACCAACAAAUUUUGGGGCAAGAGCGCGGAACUUAUUACUGAUGGCCGAGUUCGACUUGUCUUACGUUUGAAGGACGGUAGCGAGGAACUUUACAGCUGGACCGUGGCAAACGCUUUUUUGCGCAAUGUCGUCAUGGGUGAGAAGUACAUAGAACCAGUUGGAUCUGUAACUGUCACGAAUGAAAGUACCGGUGCGCACGCAGUAAUCGAAUUCAAACAGAAGGGAAUAUUUGGUGGCCGCAGUGAAGACGUGGAGGCAAAGGCUCAAAAUACUGAUCGCAAUGAACCCUCUAUCCUUACAGGCAAUUGGACAAAUAGCCUUCGUGUUAUCGAGGCAGGCAAACAAUCAAGUCAAGAAAUUUGGUGCGUGGGAGAAUUAAUUGAUAAUCCAUCGCAAAAAUACGGACUCACAUCUUUUGCCGCCACUUUGAAUGAGAUAACCUCUAUUGAGAAAGAUAGGUUGCCUGUAACAGAUUCUCGGUUGCGACCUGAUCAACGAGCUGCCGAAGAUGGGAAUCUUGAGGAAGCAGAACGAUUAAAGGUCAUCUUAGAGGAGCGACAACGGAACCGAAGAAGAGAACUGGAAGAGCGUGGCGAGGUAUGGAUACCCCGCUGGUUUGUGCGAAUAGAGGGUGGUGAUGGCGGCGAAGAGGUCUGGAAACUAAAAAGCGGCAAAGAUGGGUACUGGGAACAAAGAUCAAGAGGUGUUUGGACUGGAAUUAUGGAUGUUAUGUCAGUUUCGGAGUGUGAAUGA